AUGGAACCUAUUGGCAUCACUAUCCCCAAGACCCCAGAGAAACCUAAAGAGGAUGAGGAUAAGGUUAUUGAAAUUCCAAACAUGGACUCCCCUCUCUUCAAAGAUGUUCCCUCAAAGAAAAAAGUAGAAUCAUCCUCAGAUUCUUCAUCUUCUUCAGGAGAUAGCUCCUCUUCUGAUGACUCAUCCUCAUCAGAUGACGAUUCCGAUGAUGAGGAGGAGGAUAAGAAAGAUACGGAUAUCAUUGGCAACACUGAGAUGGUUGAAGAACAAGAUGAACCACCAAAGACCAGAACACCCAUUAAACUGACUAUCUCCAAUCUGGGCAAACCCUCGGCUAAAGUGACUUCAACAGCGUCCAGAGAGUUGAUUGAAAGCAAUUCAUCUGACUCGGACACUGAUGUUGAUGACCAUGAACUGCAAAAACCUGUCAAAGACACAGUGAUUCCAGUGAAGGAAAAUGUCUAUGUAAGCCCUGUGACAUCACACAUCAGCACGCUUCCACUACAGAAUGAUAUGAACAGCGAACCAGUGAAUGAUGUCAGCAAUGCCAACUACAAAAACAUGGCCGUGCUACAGCAGCCAAACCACAUAGAGCGCGACAUUCUCAGCAAAAAUCCAGGCGAUGUACGAGAACAUUGCAAGGAUGAAGAUUUACUUAGUGACUCAGUGGUAAACUUCCACAUACUCCCCACUGAGAUUUCACACUUUGCUAUUGCUAAUGAUAAAACUCUUGACUGUUCAGGCAGUGAAAAUUCCACAUCAAAUAAUAUACACGAAAAGAGUGGUUUUGCAAAAGACUCCACCAAAGACUCUUCAGAGAUAUUCAAAAAAGUGAAAGUAGGAACUGAAUCUGAAAAUUCUAGACAUCAACAAAGUGAAUUUCUCAAGAAGGAGGAGAUUUCAGCAGCUGUGACGGGAUUCCAAGAGCCGCCAUUGAAGAAAACAGACAUUAAAACAGAACUGAAUUCUGCACUGUUGAGAGAUAGCCUGGGGACUAAAUAUUGUCCAGAUGGUUUCAUUUUGGCUCCAACUCUCAGCAAGUGUCCACAGCAUCUCAAAGCUACAGUUAACAUCCCUCAGCCACUUGUGGGCUCGGACGUACUUAGACUGGACAAGGAUAAUGGUGUUUCACACAGUGAAGAAUCUUCACACAGUGCUGCUUUAGAUAAGACAGAUAUCCUUGAAUCCUCAGAGGAUGACAGCAAACAUGGCAUCACAAAUCAGAGUUCUCCACAAGUCAAUUCACUCAGGAGUAGUAGCCAAAGUCCAGCAACAGAUGGUGCUGUUGAGCACUUCUCAAGCAAAGAAAAACCAGACAGAGAGACAUCAGAGAAGAAAAAUGAUGUGUGUGAAAUCAAAGACCAGAAUCUCAAUAUUAAGAUAAGUAAUUCCAAUAAUAAGGAUGAUGACAAAUCUCUUGCCAUGACAAAAGCGGACGUCAGUUCAGUGGAUAGUGCUGCUAGAGUGACAACAGAAUCUCUCGUAACUGGCACCCUGAAGAGUCAAGAUACAACAGCGGUUCCUGUGCCAUUGUCCAGAAGCACAACCACCAAAAUGACAUCAGCUGUGUCAACGUUCACCACAAACAGUGGUAGUAUCACGAGUCCCGGCAGCAGGAGCUGCAGUAGUAGUAAAAGCAGUGGAUUUACCAACGGUAUCCCUGACAGUGAGAAUCCAUUCAUUACUUGGACCAAGUAUGAUAAUGAUAAUUCUGGGCCUGUAAACACAGCCUUGCCAACAUCCAGUCUUGUGCAGGCUCUAGCCCGGGCACCUUUUCCUCCUUUGGCUCUUCCAGGGGAGUCACCAAUUCCGCAGAUAUCUCCUCUUGGUGGGGCUGUGCCUCAGCUGUCCCCUUUAAGCCUGGCAGGAUUGUCGCCGGGGAGCAGUCAGAUUUCCAGGUUGUCUCCAGGCAGUCAGAUGCCUCGCUUGUCGUCCCCGACUUCCCACAGGCUGAGGUCAUCACCUGGCCACAGCGCCGUUCAGCAGCAGUUGUCUCCUUCCCUGGGUCGACCAGGACACUCAGCUUCCUGUGAUGGGAGCAAGCUUGGACAUGGGGAAGAUGGCAAGGUGAAAAGUGCACCCAAAAGUGUGAAAAGAACAUCUCGUUUGUCCAACAUCAUUGACAGCCUGCGGACAUCCAAGGAGAAGGAAGCAGCUGGGACCAGCCAGACUGGCAUGGAGCAGGGGAAGAAAGGCACCCUGGAUGUUUCAUUGGGCAGUGGCAAAAAGUCACCAUUACUUGAAUCACCCUCGGCCUCUGGGCAGAAGUCAUCCUUGUCAUCGACCUCGUCCUCACCAGUGUUUACAUCAACUCUUGCUUCCGACCAGAGAUCACAGAGUGAGCGGCUGUUCCGGGACAGCCUAGGAUUUCCCCAUCAGAUCAGUGUUGACACACAACACGCUAUCAGAUCCAGCCUGGACGCUGCAAGAGCUCAGACCAUAAACAACAGCUUCAAUGCUUUAAAGGAUGACCUGGAUAAGGGGAAGAAAAUGCUGGAAAAUUUAGAACUCAUGAAAAAUGGACUUUUGGAUCCUUAUAAGUCAGGGCUGUCGGAUCAGAAAUCCAGAAAAGUGGAUAACAUUCACACACAGAAUCGUUCCAAAACAUCUUCACUGUCGUUAAAUUCCUCCUCUGCUGCUGUGUCCUCUGCACCGUCUUCGUCAUCCAGGCCAUCAUCUCGUCAGUCUAGCAAACUCAGUAGUCAGACAUAUCCAUCAACAUCGCCAUCAUCAUCAACCGCUUCCUCUAGGCCUAGUACGGUUACCACUACCACUAGCAACAGCUUCAGCAGCACCAGCGGCACUAACAGCAUCAGCAGUGCUGCUAUGUUCCAGGCAGCUCCCUCUGCUGCUCUGGCUGCUGCCCACAUGGAGCUGAAUGCCGCCGCUGCCAACAUCCUUGCGUUCCAGCACAUGUACGGGAUGCAGGACCCUUACAUGAUGAAGACUUUGAUGAGCAACCCAUUGUACCUGCAGCGAAUGAUGGAGUUCCAGAAGCAGGCCAUGGAUCCUCUGAUGCUGCGGCAGCUGGAGAUGUUUGAAGCUGCAGCUGUGGCAGAGAAGAGCAAGAAUAAGGACCAGCAGCGGGCGGCCAUGAAUGCUCAGUCCAUUCUGUGGCAGGCACAAGCUGCAUCCAUCCUCCAGCACCAGCAGAUGCAGCAGUUUCAGCAACUGCAGCUUCACCAUCAGCAACAACUUCAACAACAGGCAGCCGCAGUGAGAGAGCGGGAAACCAGGGAGACCAUUGCAGCAAUCAUGGCCAGCAAGGGCAGUAACUUGAGUACUCACACCAACAAAUCCAGUGGCAGCAUUUCAACAGGGCAAUCAGCUAAAUCCCUGAUGGCAUCAGCCGUACCGUCACCAUCAACAUCUUCAACCAGCAAGAGACCACGCCCUUUAGUGCCCCAAUCUCCUUCGGACAUUUACUCCAGAGAUGGUGCCAGUCUGGAAAAGAAGCUGCGAUCUAGUCAUCCGACUUCUAGUCAUGUUUCAAACCAUAACAGCUACCACCCAACAUCCACAUCUUCCACCACCACCUCAUCCUCGUCUAAGCACGUGCAGAUGUCCAGCAAACCCUCGAGCUCCACAAGCAGCAGUAUUAAGCAACGCAGCGGCAGCAGCACACCAAGCCUGCAGUCCAAACAUGAGUUGUUUGAGUUGCCCUCUGCCCUGCAUCUGUCAGCUGCAACCUCGCCCAAUCUAUGGGGGUUCCCAACGAUUCUCCAGCCUCCAUCGGUGGAUAUGACUCGCAUGUCUCGAUACUUUGAGCGACCAGGUGAAACACCAUCUUCUUCUUCAUCUUCCGCUGGUCCUGUGGAGGCCGAAGCUGCUGGUGCUGAAGUUUUGGACCUUAGUGUGAAGCCAAGAACAGGCAAAACAUGA